AGGUGUUUUAAAAGAACUUUUGUACCUUUUGUUUACUCUUAUUCUAUCAUGUGAAAUUGAUUUAUCGUGACCCUGUGAGAUAUGGAUUAAUCUUAUGUGAAUUCCUAUUACGCCUGAACAUUUCUUGGUGACCUAAUAAUGUAAAAACAAGAAAUAACCCCGAGACGCCAUCUUCCCAUUGUUGCCAAGUUCAAAUGUCAAGCAGAAGCGUUUAUUUUUUUUAUAACCAUUUUGGGGUCCCUCAGAUGGGAUAAGAUGGUUUUGGUCAACCGUUUUGAUAUGUAAGUUGUCAACCUUUGCUGCGCACAAGGCACUUGGAGAAGAUGCUUGGAGAGGAGCUCUUGCAGCAAGGAGGCAGCAGUAGAGAGAAAUUGGGAAGUUGAUGGGUCCGCCUGGGAAUUUUCAUCCAAAAUCUGUGAGUUUUUACUUUGAUUUUACUUUGAUCUGACGAGUUGGCCUAGCAAGCAUAGUGACACAGAGACUGCCAAGGGAUGAAGCUAUGACUAUUUUCAAGUAUUAUAUAUUAUAUAUAUUUGUUAAUUCAUAUGUAGGGUAAUAUUUUUUCAUUGGGAAUGAAUUCACAAGAUAACUCAAGGCCUUUUAUAUGUGCAGAAUGUGGUUCCAGCUUUAAGAAAAAAUGGAACCUGAAGGUCCACAUGGAAUCACACAGUGACCCCUUUGAAUGUAAAGUGUGCCACUUGAAAUUCAAGUUCAGGCACAAGCUGCGAUCACACAUGGGACGUCACACAGGAGUGAUAAAGUAUAGCUGUAAGAAAUGUCCAGCAGUGUUUGGAUACAAACAGAUGCUCAUCUCACAUAUGAACAUUCAACAUCGGAGUCUUUCAAAUUGCUGGUAUUGCCCUGGCUGCGGAGCACAUUUCAGCAAAUCAGAUGAUUUAGAGACGCAUGGUAAAUUGUGUCUUUGUAUAAAGAAGUGUGAAGAUGAUGAUGAGGAUGAUAACAAAAGCAUUUUGUUUCAAGAUUCUGAGGAAUUGGCUCAGAAUACCAAUAAAAUUGUGACUGAAGAACCUUUAUUAUUUGAAGAUGAAGGCAGUAAGCAAUUGAGAGACAAAAGGUUGAUUACAGAGCAGGAUAGAAGAAACAGUGAAGUAGAUAAAGAUGAAGGUAAUGCAUGUAGUCAAUUUUCGAAAUCAAGAGAGGGACAUGAAAAUAGGCUUGAAAGGGAUUCAGAUAUGGUAGCAAGCAUAGUAACUAUAGAAGAUACUGAAGAAAGAGGUAGUAGAAAUGAAGGAAGUGUUGAAAAUGCAAAUAGCAGAGAGUUUGUAAAUAAUGGAAAUUAUACACCUGGGAACCUGAUUAGUGAGGAGUGCCACAGAAUAUCACAUGGUAAUUCAGAAAAAUCUGUUAUCAGCAGUUCAGAUGACUCUGUCCUUGAUGCUGAACUCCAUGUGGCAUCUGAGGCAGUGAGAGAAAUUGACAACAUUCAUAAGUCUAAUAACCAUAGGUUGUCUGUUGCAGAAGUUCCACUGCAUUCUCCUGAUGUAAGCCAACAAUGCCAAAGAAGUUUUGAUAGUGAGAAUACUGUUAAAGAAGUCACUAACUCAUCUAUUUGUAACCAAGAGACCAAAAGUGCAGAUGGUCUGAAAAGCGGUAUGGUACAGAUCCCAGUUAGUAUUGUUAAGAAGUUGUUACUGAUCGUUAAUUCUGUUCCUAAAACCAAAGCUUAUGAGCUGGAUGAAAGGAGUGAUGUAGUUGUUGACAAAGAAAUUGUUAGUAACAUAGGGCAAGAUGAGACUAGCAGUGAUGUUCUGGUAGAAAGUAAAGAGCAUUUGGAAGCAUUAGUAUCAGAAUUUAGUGAAAAUGAAAAUAGUAUGCAUAAGGUUGAUGGCGAGGCACAUCAGGUAAGCAGUGAAGGAAUAUUAAGAACGCAUUUACAUAAAUCUACAGUUUCAGCAGAAGAAAAUGCUGCAUGUUUAAUCUCAGUAGAUGCAUUACAAACAAAGAAUAGAACAAUAAACUCAAAGACAUCUGAGACUACUCAAAGAAAUUUGAUUGAUCCCCUUGCUAAAAUCAGUAAGAAUAUGAAAAUCCCAGAAGUAAGUUGUAGUACAAAAGGCAGUUCUUUACAAGCAGAUCAAUUAGAACAUUCCUGUGUAAGUAAUAAGAAAACUCCGGAUUUACAUAGUCAAAUUCGCAACAAGCAUCGGAGAGAUAAAAGGACACAUUGCCGUAACCCAGAAGUUGCCACUAAAGCUUCAAGAAAAGGAAAAUUAUUAAGAAAAAGCUCAGAAACUGCAGCUAGUGAUGCAAGCAUUGACAGUCAUGUUGUGAAUGUAAACCGAAAGAGGAAACAGGAAAGUAAAGGCAAAUAGGAGAGAGCAAGGAAAGAAAAAAAAGAUACUUGGUACUACAACUAUCAGUAUAGAUGAAAAAACAGUUUCUAAGGUAAAAGAUGUUUGUGUUACCAGAAGUAUUGCACUCUUAAGUAAAAAUAAUAUUCUAGAUUACAGUUUAUUAAAGAAUUCAGGGCUGAGGAGAGAUCCCAUCAAAAUGAAUGAACUAGCAAUUCGGGAUCUUAAGGGCCUUUGCCAUGCCUUAGUUAAGUGGAAUAUCAGGCCAUGUUUUGUGCAGUUGGAGAAACUGCCCAAAGACAUAGUUGAUGCGUAUGGUUGUCUUAAACAUGCAGAUAAUAUGAGGCGGAUCAACUCCAAAAGACCUAAAUCAUUGAAGUCUCCUUGCAAAAGAAAGAUUAAAUCAUGCCCUUCAGUGAAAAAAAAUCGAAUAUCUCCUGCAAGUAAAGAAAAUUCACCUAAAAAAAGGGCAAAAACUGCAGAAAAGCUACGUCGCAGCCCAAAGCAAAAGCAAAAAAAAAGGCCAGGGAAAUCUCAGACAAAGUCAAGCUGGUCAAAAAGACGAAGACCAUCAAACGACACCUUGUUCCCAAUUGAAGACUCGGAGUCAACCCCAGAAAUUGCAAAAAGGACCAGGAGAUGGGCCCAUAUCUUGAAGAGAGCUGGGAUGUGCCUGAAAUUAAGGAAAAGAAUCCUGGGUUUAAAAGAGGAAAGUAAAUAUCAGUCUAGUGAUGACCAAGAAAUUACUCCCAUUGAAAAUGAAAGCCACAUAAAAGUGGAAGAAAGUAUCCAUGUAACUGAAUAUAGAAAUCAUAUUUUAGGUCAUUAUAAGGAGAAUCAGGAAGACUUUUCUAAUACACAAUUAGAUUUAUCUCCAGCAAGAAGCAAAGGUGGUAAACAGGCCACUAUGCAAAGUUCAGCCAUGUUGCUGUCAGCAUAUCUUUCAGACCCAGAAGGGGAAAUAAAAGUCAAAGACGAAGAGGUUGAUGUUACUUCUGAGUUUCUAGAUUAUGAUUACUAAACAAUUUUUUCUAUAUUGUUACUUUUUUUUUUUUUUGUUAUCUUCAUUUCUGAAGAAGCUGAGAAUGAAGGGAAAUGAAACUGCAUAUGUAAUUUAUAUAAUUACAAGGAUUUCUCUGAUAUUGUAAUCCUAAUAACUAGUAAUGAGUGGUGAAUAUAUAUAUUGGGAAUGAUUAUGUAUUUAUCUUGCUGUCAUUAUUAGAAAUAAAAUUGUGUGCCUUUUGC